AUGUUGAGUAGCAAGCGACUGGGGCUGUACGGGCUGACCCUCACCCUGUCCCUGCUCGUGUGCCUGGGAGCACUGGUGGAGGCUUACCCCUCCAAGCCUGACAACCCGGGAGAGGACGCGCCGGCGGAAGACGUGGCCAAAUACUACUCGGCGCUGCGGCACUACAUCAACCUCAUCACCAGGCAGAGAUAUGGAAAACGGUCCAGCCCUGAUGCACUGAUUUCAGACCUCUUGAUGAAAGAAAGCACGGAAAACAUACCCAGAACUAGGAUGGAAGACCCUUCUAUGUGGUGAUGGAAAAUGAAACCAGAUCUCCAACCCUAUUUCAUCCUGUGAAGCUAGAGUCUGCUGACCCUCCUAAUGCAUGCGGCCACUGUGCUCCACCCUGCAGUCUCCCUAUGUUGUCCUUGUAUUUAUGUGCAUUUAAAUAAAGUUCCAUGCAUUCAAAA